AGGACACAGGAGUAGCGGAGGAGGAGAGGAGCGCGCGAGGAACCGGGGCACUUUAGGAGGAGCAGCGUGGGAGAACAUGAAGAAGCCUGCCUAGGAGUCAUCAGUUCCAGUCCAGGAGGCUCAGGGUUCAGCUCAGCAUGGUGAUUUUCCUAAAGUCUCCUGAGUCAACUCUGCAGAUAAUUAGCAUGGACUGAGACUGAUGUCACCAAAUUCCAACUGAGUGUCCCAACAUAAAUAAUCCUUAGAUAACGCAGACAAAUGGACAGACUCAAACGAGAACCUCCUGCUGUAGAUCUGCUGCUCUGGACUUACUUGAAGUAAUUUGGCCUCACUCAUGGCUGGCAGACGUUCGGACGGACAUGCGAGUCAGACCUGGGCGCUUCGACUUUCCAAAGAUUGUUAAGCUUCCUGGACGUCUCUGUGGACUGAAGAGAGCUGUUUGAGAGCGUCAGAGAUGAUCAUCAGAUCAAAUCUGUUACGGUGCUGGACUGAGUGAAGUGUUUUAAUCCUGGUGUAGCGCCCCCUCCCCCCAAACCCCCUCCCCCAUGUCAGACUUUCGCUAAAUUAUGGAAAUUUUGUGGAAGACGCUGACUUGGAUAUUGAUCCUGCUUUUGGCUGCUGCUGAUCCUCAGAGUCUUUCUUACAGUUCUCAAGGCGAGUUCCUGUCACACCUGGACGACUACCAGCUCACGGUGCCGGUCCGACUGAACUAUAAGGGCGAGUUUAUGAGUUACACUGUGAAACAGCACCGACCCGGACGCAGAAAACGGGCGCUGGAUCAAACCGGGCCGGAUGCCUCGGAGACCAGACUCUUUUACCGUCUGUCUGCUUAUGGAAAGCACUUUCACCUGAACCUGACGCUCAACCCCAACCUGGUAUCCAAACAUUUCACUGUAGAGUACUGGGGCAGUGAGGGGCAGGAGUGGCGCCACGCCGCCGUGGACGACUGCCAUUACGUCGGAUAUCUACUGGAUCAGUACGACACCACAGGAGUGGCACUGAGUAACUGCAAUGGCCUGCACGGCGUAAUCACCACAGAAGAAGAACAGUAUUUAAUCGAGCCUCUAAAGGAUGUGUCCUCCAGAAACUCCAGCGAGUUCAAGCUCUCCGGUGAAGGCCAGACACACAUUAUCUAUAAAAAAUCCUCGGUCCCUUUACAUCAGGAGCACAGUGAGGAGCUCAGCUGUGGGGUUUCAGAUUUCACCAUGAAGCGGACACCAUAUUACAAAAGCAGCCACGCCCAUGUGGCCCCGCCCCCUUCUCAGAAUAACCACACCUCUGACAGUCCGCCCCGUCAGCGGCGCUCCAUCAGUUCCGAGCGGUUUGUCGAGACCCUGGUGGUGGCUGAUAAGAUGAUGGUGGGCUACCACGGCCGCAAGGACAUCGAGCAUUACAUCCUGUCCGUCAUGAACAUUGUUGCCAAACUUUAUCGUGAUGCCAGUCUAGGAAACGUUGUGAACAUUAUCGUGACCAGGCUGAUUGUUCUGACGGAGGACCAGCCGAAUCUGGAGAUCAACCACCACGCUGAUAAAUCUCUGGACAGUUUCUGUAAGUGGCAGAAGUCGUUGCUGUCUCAUGCGGGGGAUGGAAACAGCAUUCCGGAGAACGGCAUCGCUCACCAUGACAAUGCCGUUCUCAUCACCAGGUACGACAUCUGCACCUAUAAGAACAAGCCGUGCGGAACUCUGGGUUUGGCAUCAGUAGCUGGAAUGUGUGAACCAGAACGGAGCUGCAGUAUUAAUGAAGACAUCGGCCUCGGCUCCGCUUUCACCAUCGCACACGAGAUCGGACACAACUUUGGAAUGAACCAUGAUGGAAUUGGGAACGCCUGCGGGACAAAGGGGCAUGAGACGGCCAAGCUGAUGGCGGCGCACAUCACAGCCAACACCAACCCGUUCUCCUGGUCCACCUGCAGCAAGGACUACAUCACCAGCUUCCUGGACUCAGGUCGGGGAACGUGUCUGGAUAACGAGCCUCUGAAGCGGGACUUCCUGUACCCCACCGUGGCUCCGGGGCAGGUGUACGAUGCUGAUGAGCAGUGUCGCUUUCAGUACGGCGCCUCCUCCAGACAGUGCAAAUACGGGGAAGUGUGUAGAGAGCUGUGGUGCCUUAGCAAAAGUAACCGCUGUGUCACGAACAGUAUUCCAGCUGCAGAAGGGACGCUGUGUCAAACCGGCAGCAUCGAAAAGGGGUGGUGUUUCCAGGGUGAGUGUGUGGCGUUUGGGACGUGGCCACACAGUGUGGAUGGAGGCUGGGGGCCGUGGACACAGUGGGGCGAGUGCAGCCGUACAUGCGGCGGUGGAGUUUCCUCAUCCAGGCGUCACUGUGACAGUCCAGCGCCGUCUGGAGGAGGAAAGUACUGUCUCGGGGAGCGGAAGCGCUACAGGUCGUGCAACACAGACCCAUGUGCAGCAGGGUCACAGGAUUUUCGUGAGAAGCAGUGUGCUGAUUUCGACAGCAUGCCGUUCCGGGGGAAAUAUUACAGCUGGAAGCCGUACACAGGAGGUGGAGUGAAGCCAUGUGCUCUGAACUGCCUGGCUGAAGGCUAUAACUUCUACACUGAACGUUCUCCUGCAGUCAUCGAUGGAACUCGCUGCCAAGCCGACUCUCUGGACAUCUGCAUCAACGGAGAGUGCAAGCAUGUGGGCUGUGACAACAUCUUGGGCUCGGACGCCAGAGAGGACAUGUGCCGUGUGUGUGGAGGAGACGGCAGCACGUGUGAGACCAUUAAAGGCCUGUUCAAUGACUCGUUACCCAGAGGAGGAUAUAUGGAAGUGGUCCAGAUUCCUAAAGGUUCUGUCCACAUUGAGAUCCAGGAGGUGGCCAUGUCAAAGAACUACAUCGCUUUAAAAUCAGAGGGAAAUGAUUAUUACAUCAACGGUGCAUGGACCAUAGACUGGCCUCGCAAGUUUGACGUUGCAGGAACGGCAUUCCACUACAAGAGACCCACAGAUGAGGUGGAGUCUCUGGAGGCUCUCGGGGCCACCACAGAGAACCUGGUGAUUAUGGUUCUACUGCAGGAACAGAACCCAGGAAUCAGGUACAAGUUUAAUGUACCGAUCCAGCGCACAGGCAGUGGAGACAAUGACGUGGGCUUCACCUGGCAACAUCUACCCUGGUCUGAGUGUUCAGCCACCUGUGCAGGAGGCUCUCAGAAGCAGGAAGUGGUCUGCAAAAGGCAGGAUGAUAACUCACUGGUCCAGAACAGCUACUGUGACCCUGAUGGAAAACCACCGGAGAACCAGAGACCCUGCAGUACGGAACCGUGUCCACCUGAGUGGUUUAUCGGUGACUGGUCAGACUGCAGUAAGUCAUGUGAUGGAGGGACGAGGAUGCGCACGGUUCUCUGUAUCCGGAAAAUCAGCCCUGUGGAUGAGGAGAACCUAGAGGACGUUCACUGCCUGACACACCGACCAAUGGAACACGAGAGCUGCAACAAUCAGUCCUGUCCUCCACAGUGGGUUCCUCUGGAUUGGUCUGAGUGCACUCCAAAGUGUGGCCACGGGUUUAAACACCGCAUCGUGUUGUGUAAGAGCAGUGAUCAGAGUAAAACCUUUCCCCCGGCGCUGUGUUCGGAGCUCAUCAAGCCCCCGGUGAGAAUCCGCUGCAGUCUGGGUCGCUGUCCUCCUCCACGCUGGAUCCCUGGAGAGUGGGGGCAGUGUUCAGCACAGUGUGGUUUGGGACAGCAGAUGCGGACAGUGCAGUGUUUGUCCUACACCGGACAGCCGUCUAGCGAUUGCCCUGAGACCCUGCGUCCCAGCACGAUACAGCCGUGUGAGAGUAAAUGUGAUGCCACACCAAUCGCCAAUGGUGACGAGUGUAAAGACGUAAACAAGGUGGCGUACUGCCCGCUGGUGCUGAAGUUCAAAUUCUGCAGCCGCGCCUACUUCAGACAGAUGUGCUGCAAAACCUGCCAAGGACACUGAUGAUCCUGCAGAGAGAGAGAGAGAGAGAGAGAGAGAGAGAGAACGACCACGUGGGCUGGAGGACAAACCUGCUUCCUCUUUCUCUCUCUUUCAUACACACACACACACACACACACACACACACACACACACACACACACACACACACACACACACCACCCACACUCAUGCCUGAGAUGUUUUUCAGCCCUGUGGAACCCAUACCACUGAUCAGCAGCAUGCUGACACCUUUUACUUUUAUUUUCACUUCUGUGAAGUGGGAACUUCAAAAUAUGGCCAUUAUUGUUAUUUUAUUAUAAUAAUAAUUAUUAUUAUUGUUAUUAUCUUUAUUAAUGUCUGUCUGUCUGUCUGUCUGUCUGUCUGUCUGUCUGUCUCUCGUUAAUCCAAAGUGCUGGACACAUCAUAUGCAGAAGCGGCACCGCUAAAGAGCUUAUAACUGUGUAAUAAUACCCCAGAGUUUUCACACACACACACACACACACACACAUACACACACACACACACACAGAGUAAAUUUUACUAAUAUAAUCCCAUGUUUAAAUGUUUCUGAAACUGACAGAAGUGGACAAAAUAAAAGAAACAACUGGCCGGUUUAUGUUCAUCGUAUAACAGUGGGCGUGUCUUUAACACCAGGUCUAGACUCAAAGCUACAACCUUCAAAAUAAUCAUUUCCUGUUAGCGUCUGUUAGCGUCUGUUAGCCAUUUUAUCAAUCUAGCGUUAAUGUUGUAGAUUAUAAACACGGAUUUGUUGUGAAUUCUAUCCGAUGAUUAACUGCUGCGAGAUGAAACAGGGUUUCCUGCAUACGGAGUUUAAGCUCAUUCAGAUGAACUCAGACGCCUCAGAUGAAUUGUGUGCAGAAACGAAUCACUUAAGCGAGUCGAUUCGAAGAUCUUCUGCAUGAAGGUCAUUUUUUUAAUCAAACUGAAUUCAGUCAGAAGCGUUCAGUCGUGUGGUGUUUCGGUUAUUAUGUCCACAUCCUGUAGUUCAACUCGCGAGACAUUACGGAUCAGGAACUCCACACGGCUUCACUAGAACCUCAACUCCAUAAUCACACAAUCAUGUUUACUAGUUGGAUUUUGGUUCUGGAGCUCAGCAAGGUAACGAGGAAACCCUGGUGCUGUUCAGACUCCAGAUGUUCCAGCUGUGGUGCCACCUUUUUAAUUGGAUUUGAUUAAAAGUCACAUGACCAAA